CCCGGCCCCCGGGAGACGCCUGAUUUCCUCCUGCAGAAGCCCCCCGGGGCGGGCCAGCGUCGCCAGCUAAUCUCGCCCCGCCGGGCUCCAGCCCGCGCAUUGGCGGCGGCUGCGGUGACGUUGCGGGGUUCGCCGACAGCACCCCGAGCGCCGGGUGCGCGGGCAGCGUUGCCCGUCACCCCGGGCUUUGUUGCGUCGUAGCCUCCUCACCUGGCCGCGGGCGCGUCCCGGCCCUGGCUGCCGGCCGGAGCGGGCUGUCAGCCGCCGCCGCCAUGGUGUCCCCGGUCACUGUGGUGAGUGAGCGAGCGAGCGAGCCAGUGUCCCGCGCGGUCGGAGCCCGCUGGCCUGGGGGCUGGGCGGCGGCGGGCCAAGCCUCUGGGGGCCGCGGAGGAGCAGGGAUCCCGCGGCGGCCGACGCCCCCGGCUGGAGGUGGGCGCUGUCACGGCCCAGGCUCCGGGACCCGUGGCGCCCCUCGCUCGCCGGCGGGAGGGGGGAAGACAGGGCACGUGACUCGGAAGCGUGACUUUGUUGUUCUCUGUGUCUGGCGCGGGUCGGUGGGGUGGCGGCUUGGAGAGCAAGCAGCUCCUACCUGUUUCGCCUGCCUUCUACGAAGUAUGAGGCUGGGGGAGGAGGUGAAGAGUGAGGGACCCAAGUUGGUGCCCUUCUUCAAGGCUACCUGCGUGUAUUUUGUGCUUUGGCUGCCCUCGUCCAGCCCGUCGUGCGUCAGUGCCCUCAUCAAGUGCCUGCCCAUCUUCUGCCUCUGGCUCUUCCUUCUGGCCCAUGGCCUGGGAUUCCUGCUGGCCCACCCCAAUGCCACCCGCAUCUUUGUGGGCCUUGUCUUUUCUGCUGUAGGUGAUGCCUUCCUCAUCUGGCAGGACCAGGGCUACUUUGUGCACGGUCUGCUGAUGUUUGCUGUGGCCCACAUGUUCUACGCUUCGGCCUUUGGUAUGCGGCCACUGGCCCUGCGGACAGGUCUGGUGAUGGCAGUGCUGUCGGGCCUGUGCUAUGCCCUCCUCUACCCAUACCUCUCAGGUGCCUUUACGUAUCUGGUGGGGGUCUACAUGGCCCUCAUCAGCUUCAUGGGCUGGCGGGCUAUGGCAGGACUGCGGCUGGUUGGGGCAGCCUGGCGCUGGACCAAGCUGGCGGCUGGCAGUGGCGCACUGCUCUUUAUCAUCUCAGACCUGAUCAUCGCCUUCAACAAGUUCUGCUUCCCUGUGCCCUACUCCAGGGCACUCAUCAUGUCCACCUACUACGCCGCCCAGAUGUUCAUCGCCCUGUCAGCUGUCGAGAGCCGGGAUCCAGUGGAAGACCAUAGACUGAGCAAGGCCAACUGAGGGGCCAGGGUUUGGUCAUCCCUCUCUCCUCUGGGACUGGGGUCCAGGACCGGGGAACCUGCAGGAGCUGUUUCAGGAUGGCUGCAGUGCCAGCCUGGGGCAGCAGGUACCACCCGGGAAAUCUACAAGUUUGAAGGGGUGAGCAGGAAAAAUCUACCUUGCAAAGCCAGUGGUCCAAGACAAUGCUGAGAGCUAGAAAGAGCCAGCCAGCUGCCCCCUGCUGGAGCCAGAAGUAGACAUCUCCCCACCUCUACCCCAUCAGAAUUGUCAAAGCUCCCCCUGGAGGGCGAUGGUGCUCGGCUCCUUGACCCCAUCUCACCCACUAGGGGGAAGAGACUGACUCCAUCUCUUAUGCCCAGGACCAAUUUAAAUGCUGGGCUUACCCAGACCCACCCUCUCUGAUUUGCACAGAGUUGAGCGAAAGGGGAGAAGUUUGUGCUGAGAUGGCGCAGGCUCCCCAGGGCUUGAAGCCCCUUUCACAGGCUCUAGUUGGGAAGAUUGGAUGAGGGUGGAGUCUUUCUUUUCCUCAUCUAUCCUUAUUACUUGAAGAAUCUCUAUCUCUAAGUGAUGGGUGGGAAGGUAAAAGGGUGUCUGUCCAGAGUUGGCAGGAGAGGGGAAUGCCUUGGCCUGGGAGCUUGAGGCACCAAGAAUUCAAGUUGGUCCAGUCUCUUUCAUGGGCUAGCCCAGAGCUCAGACCCCACACUACCGCCCUCAAACCCCAUCCAUGGGGCUAGGGUGAACCAUGCCAAAGGAAGGGGCCACCUCUGUGUAUGUAUGUGUGCGUGUGUCUGUCUGAGAAUGUGCAGUCUGUCUACCAUCUAGUUAACGUCAUUCUCUGUCUGCUAUCUCUGUCCUGCUGUCUUGUCAGGGUUUCAUAGGGAUAGGGUCUCAGGGAGCUGCUGAGGGGGUGUUGAGCCUGGUGCAGGGAGCUGGGACCUCCCGCCUCCACAUACACACACUUUCUCAAUGUUUUCCUCUCUGCCUCUCCUGCACUGGGGGCAAGGGGAGCAGGUUCCAAUGACACUCCAGGGUCAUUAAGGCCAGAGGCACAUUCAAUGCAAGGGGAGCAAGGGUGGGACAACUCCAUCCUCUACUGCCCAUGUGAAAAAAAAAAAUAAAAACCAAGAGCCAUUGGCUGCC